UACCAAAUCUGUUCACUCCACACUCCAGAUCAGUAGGUGGCGGUAAUGCACCUUUAAGUUGGUUUGCCAAAACCGCCAAUAAACAUCAGAAGAAGAAUAAGAACUUCCGGCGUUGCUAGGCUCCUCCGGAAUUAGCCGUUUGUUUACACAUUUCUUGGGCAUCAUCGAAGCAGCCGUGAGGAGAAACUAAAGCAGCGGUGUUGGAAAGUCUGACUAUUCACUCCAAAAUGCCCUUGUUUGGCAACAUUUUCAGUCCCAAGAAAACACCACCCCGGAAGUCUGCAUCCCUUUCUAAUUUACAUACACUGGAUCGGUCAACACGAGAGAUUGAAUUAGGUCUGGAAUAUGGAUCUCCGGUGAUGAAUAUUGGUGGCCAGAGCUUGAAAUUUGAAGAUGGCCAGUGGAUCUCAGAGUCAGGAGGUAAUGUAGCAGGAAAAGAGGUACAGCGACUGAAGAAAAGGAAUCUGCAGCUAGAAGAGGAGAAUAAUCUCCUCAGGCUAAAGAUUGAGGUUCUUCUUGAUAUGCUUUCAGAGUCAACGGCAGAAACACAUCUAAUACAGAAGGAACUUGAAGAUGUGAGGAGUAAUUCUAGGAGAAAGAAAUGAUGAAAGGAAAUAAAGGGGAUUCAGUCUUUUUUACUUGUACUGUAUAUACAGUAUAUGGAUUUUACAAUGAAACUGGUGUAACUAUUUUAAGACG